UCUCUUUUUGUAAAGACAGGGUUGAAAACGCUUCAAGCAAUCCUGCUGCCUUGGCCUUCCAAAGUGCUGGAUUACAGGUGGGAGCCACUGUGCCCGGCUCUGCAUCCUGCCCUGUAUACCUGUGGAAUGUGCCAGGAUUAAAACUCAGAGGGCUUGAGGCCUGCACCACUAUAUGGCUGUAUGACUUUGGAUAAGUUACUCAAUUUGUCUAAACCACAAUUCAGAGGAUAUUCUUUACCUGUUUCACAGGAUUAAUUAAAAAUUAAGAUAAUAGAAUUUUCUUGGUAAACUCAACAGUUAUAAAUGAUAGUGAAUUUGGUAAAUUUCUUCACUCCAGGGAUGUCUGUGAAGGCAGGCAGGAGUGUGUUAUACUUCGCUGUCUUAGUGAAUGUUGACUGCUCUUUGGUUCUGCGCCAGCACUUAUCACAGAGCCCCACAGAGUCCAUUUUCAGUAAUUUUGCCUGCUGAGUUGAAGUAAAGUAGGGAACUGGUAGAGGGCAGAGCCAUGAUUCCUGUUUAGGGAGAGCACCUCAAAGGCAGGGGCUCUGAGGCUCCAGUAAACUCAGUAGUCGAGGACUUAGGAUAUACAGGAAAGGGAGUUGAUGUUGGGUUAUGGCUGGGGUAGGGGAGUUGUUUGUGAACAAGACAGGGACCCUUGGCAAAGUUUUGCCUGGUGACUAGAAUUCAAGCUUUUAUUUGACUGGGAAAGAGUUAAUAACUUCCCAAGACUGCUGUUAUUUGCAUAUUACCAAACUCUGGCCUUUAUACUCAUUCUAAACACCCACAGAUUUGUAUAUCUGUAUCCAUGCCUACGCAUUUCUAUUAUCUUUUUAAAACCACUUCAGCAUGCCUGUUAUAUUGGUUGCACCACAGUUUUACAUAACUCUGGACACAAAUUUAAAAUGAAAUGGCAGAACACAAGCAGCAACGGUUUAGACAAGGCUAUUUAUAAUUCUACAGUUCAGUCAUUUAUUGUCUUCACCAGAAGGUCAUGGAUUAUUUUAUAUAGUUAUAAAUGCAAAGAGCUCUUCCAAGGAGAACGAAAUCACAUGUUGAGCUCUUCUGAGUAAAGAUGCAAUGUAAUUGCAAAGUGGAACAUAAUUAUCACUGGGCAGAGAACAGUCUUAGGAAUCUUCCUUAUUGGCAGACCUUAAGCUACAAUGGUCUUAUUUCAGACUGGGAAUGUAAAACAGAGAAGGAGGUGAAGGGGGACAGAGAUACGCAACAUUCCACCAAGAAAGGACUCUUCCCUUGAAAGUGCUGGAUUUUCACUCCAGGAAGGGGAAUAGGGUUUAUGGCCCAUCUCCUUGGCAAUCAUUCUCUGUGUGAGUUCUUGAUUUUGAAUGGGGGUGGUGGUAUGUCCAGCUAGAGGGAGGAAUCAUGAUUGUCUAAACUAGUCAUGACCAUCCCAGUCUUUGCUAGAUACUUGAGUAAUAUCUUUCCCAGUUUGUUCUGGCCAGUGAGAUGUAAGAGAAAGUCUGCUGAGUUCUUGUGAGAACUGCUUUAUUUCGUAAUUAAAGAGAACAACUAACAGAAUACUUCCUUCCCUUCCUGUUUGGGUGAGGAUACUGCGGGAGCCACCCUGCAUCUAUGAAGGAGAAGUCAAGGGAAUCUGAGAGACAACAGCCCAGACCCCCAUCACGGAGCUGCACGUGACCCUGGAACUUAACAGUUUCUGGUUGUUCCCUAGACAGCCAUUGUCUUUAUGGUGCCUUUUCCCCCAUCAGGGAGGAAGGUGCCCUGCUUCAAGUCUUUCCAGUUAAACUGCAGUUUAACAGAGAAAACUGCCUUAUGAACAGCCAAAAGUCAGUACAACUUAAAUAUGGCAGUUUAUCUCAGGACAUCUCCCAGCACACGUCCUCCUGAGAGCAAGUUGCUCUCAAAACCAAGGCAAUGGGAAAAUGGUCAGAAACAUGACUUCUGUAUUUUCCAGUUCAUACACUGAAGACACCAUUCAUUCAUUCAUUCAUUUGGAAAGUCAGCCAGUGAACAAACAUUUAUUAAGGACCUUGCCAGUCCCAGGUGCCACUAUGUGCUGGGUACUCGAGUCACAAGCUAGAGUCCCUGUCCUCCUGGAGACAGACAUGAAACAAACAUUCUACCAGAAAGUAAUGAUAGUUAAGAUCAGUGCCCUGAGAGCAAGUAACUGCAAGAUAGGGGUGGGGACAGUGGCAGUGAUCAGAGACCGCCUCUCCAAGGGAGAAACACGUAAACUGAAGAAACCAUCUAGUCUAGUCUAGUUUACUUCAGGAUUAUUCAGAAUUCUGCAGAUGAGAAAUGAGAACAGUAGGGAUACAGAGAGGGAGACACCAAGAAAUAUAGGAGGAGAAAUGAUGGAACUUGGUGAUUAAUCAAUGUGGAAGUGAGACAGUAGGUAGAGUCAAGGAUGUCUCCAAGGCUUGGGCCACUGGGUGGAUGGAGACACAUUGAUUAGCAUGGUCAAUUACAAAAAUGGGCCCCAUUCUCCACCGCUCUCUGCUUCCUUGCCCUUUCACAUGUGACUCUUCUGCUGUUUCCACAAAGGGGCGGAGUGCAUUUCCCUACUCCUUGAAUUUGGGCUGGCCCCACGACUUUCUUUGACCAACAGAAUGCAGCAGGAAGGGAUGGGUUCAACCUCAAGGCCUAGGUCUCAAGAGGCCUUGUCCAUUUCCACCCACUCUCUUGGAACUCUGCUCAGCUACCAUGAGGGUAGGCCCUUGCCAACCUGCUGAAAAGAGACACGUAACUCAGUCACUACCCUCCAUCACAGCCAACAGCUGCCGGACAUGAGUAAGGCUGUCCAAGGGCAGCCAGCUCCCACCUCCAGAACCUGGAAGCUCCCUGCAGAUGCACCAAAGGGCUCAACAACUGUCUGGUGACUCCGGCUGGCUGCUGCGGGGUGAGGAGACUCCCAGAGUGCCCGACUAGAGGCCGCCCGCGUGCUCUGGAUGGUGGCCGUAUCUUCAGGGUCUGGGCCCCGGAGCCGCAGUCCUGCCGCAGAGCGCCUGGAGCCGCGAGCAGCGAGCAGCCCGGCGAACCGCACAGCCUCGGCGAUACUCAGCUCCGCGGCCUCUGCUCCCGCCCCUCCCCUCAGCUCCGGGAAGGGGCGGAGACGAGGAGGAGCUGGGGCGGCCGCCGCGCUCCCGGGCGCACCAAGCCCUUUAAAAGCCGCAGGUCUUGACAGCUGUGCUGGCAGCCGCCGUGGUCCCGGACGCCUAGUCCCGCACUCCCCGCUGGCGAGCCGGCUCCGGGUGCGGCGAGGCCCAGUCCGCUCGGCUUGCGCGCGGGACCGCGGGACGCGCUCCAUGCGGCCGCUCAGCAUGUCCGGGCACUUUCUGCUCUCACCCAUUCCCGAGUCUUCCUCGGACUGCCUCCUGCCCAAGGACAUCAAACUGGCGGUGCUGGGCGCCGGCCGCGUGGGCAAGAGUGCAAUGAUCGUGCGCUUCCUGACCAAGAGAUUCAUUGGCGACUAUGAACCGAAUACAGGCAAGCUGUAUUCACGUCUGGUCUACGUUGAGGGGGACCAGCUCUCCCUGCAGAUCCAGGAUACUCCCGGGGGCAUCCAGAUCCAAGACAGUCUCCCCCAGGUCAUCGAUUCCCUGUCCAAAUGCGUGCAGUGGGCUGAGGGCUUUUUGCUGGUCUAUUCCAUCACAGACUACGACAGCUACUUGUCCAUCCGACCCCUUUAUCAGCACAUCCGGAAGGUCCACCCUGACUCUAAAGCCCCUGUCAUCAUUGUGGGCAACAAGGGGGACCUUUUGCAUGCCCGGCAGGUGCAGACACAGGACGGCAUUCAGCUAGCCAAUGAGCUGGGCAGCCUGUUCCUUGAAAUUUCCACUAGCGAAAACUAUGAAGAUGUGUGUGAUGUGUUUCAGCAUCUCUGCAAAGAAGUAAGCAAGAUGCACGGCCUCAGUGGGGAAAGAAGAAGAGCCUCCAUCAUCCCUCGGCCCCGCUCUCCCAACAUGCAGGACCUGAAGAGACGCUUCAAGCAGGCUCUGUCUCCCAAAGUCAAAGCCCCCACUGCACUGGGGUGAACUAUCUCAAAGACAGAUGCCUCUCCCUUUUAAUAUGCAUUUGUGCAGCUCAAAGACUGGGCUUCUUCCUUUUUAAUCACACAUUCAGAGUUUAUUUUUAUAAAAAGAUUGAUUUUCAAGCACAUGUGUAUUUCUGAAAAUUCAGUGAUUGCCUAGAAGCUGGAUAAAAUUUUGUUUUGUUAAAAGAAUUUUUUUUUUUUUUUUAACUGUAACCACUGGCCACU